CUACACCAACAUACUAUGAUAUUAUACUAGUACUACACUAUGGUUCGAAGUUUGAACUAAAAACACUCCCGCGCGCUCAGCCGCUGCCCGUAGACGUUCGCGCCAAUUUUUGACUUGUUUUAUUUUUAAUUUUUGCGAACUUUUUUUCGUGCCAGUGUUGACAUAAAAAACUUUUUUGUUUAAAAAAAUCGUGGUUGUUGUUACAAGUGAAUAUCGAAAAUGAACCACAACGACAUGAUGGCGGCGCACGACCACGCCGACCACGACCACGGCGACCACGGCGACAGCUGCGGACACGGACACGCCAUGGUGUUCCACGCAGGCGUACAGCAGGAGAUCCUCUUCAGAGGCUGGGAGACCACCAAUGCCCUGGAGCUGUUCGGUUCAGCGGUGGCCAUCUUCCUCGCCAGCGUGCUGUAUGAAGGCUUCAAGUACUACCGGGAGGCGUUACAUGCUAACGCCGUGGCCCCUACUGCCGACUCGCAGGUCAACAUUGCCAAGAACGAGUGUGGGGCCCGAGGGACCUGUUCUGGCCCUGCUGUUGUUAAGUACUCGAUGUUCUCGUCAGCACACUUCGUGCAAACCUGCCUGCACGUGAUCCAGUCCACGGUGUCGUACGUGCUGAUGCUGGUGUUCAUGACGUACAACGUGUGGCUGUGCCUGGCGCUGGUGCUGGGGCUGGGCGUGGGCUACUUCUGCUUCGGCUGGAAGAAGAGCAGCGUGGUCGACGCCAACGAGCACUGCCAGUGACGGACUUACUACUACUUCAUUGUUAACAUAAUAUCACAUUGUAAGGAUGGUAUGUUAUUACCUGCCAGAAGUUCCGAAAGGCGUCGGGCUACUGUGCCUCCUUAUACUGUGAUAAUAAUGUUAUGUUCGCGUGCUUGAUGUGUUGGUGCGUUAGAUGGGACUUGCAGCGUUCGUUUUGAUAUAAAGACUUUAUUGUAAACUCGCAAUGUGCAGUUCUUUACGAUUUUUCCCGCAGAAACCCAUGACAAGGAAAUUAUAGGAAGCCGUUCAUGCGUUUUUUUUCGCGAGUGCAUGCGGUUUCAUACAAUUUCUGCGACUUUCUGCUUUUUACAACUUCAAUUACAGAAUUCUGGGGGGAAAAUCGGGGAAAACCCUAAAACUAAGCGCGCACUGCGAUUCGAUUUUACUAUUUCGCAGGGUAUUGAAUGCACUCAAGUAGGAUAGAGUAAAGUUGCCAGAAACUAAAAUAAAAAAGCAGGACUCGGCGCAAUAUUACACCGAACAUUUUGCCCUAAAAGACGCGCGCUAUCUGUAUUAAUCGUGACUAGCAAGAAAUAAGUUUGUAACUGACUGAAAAAUACAUUCCUUGUGUCAAUCUUGUUUUCAUAAAAAGAGUAAGGGCAAGUUGCAAAAAUUGACCGCGCGAUUUUUCCUCGCGCACUUGUGACAUGGUAAUUGUUUGUUUCAUACAAUAUGGAAAUUGUAUGAAAUUUCAUACAGUUUCCAUAUUUAAGAAUGCUACAGAAAAAUCGCGUGGUGUAUGAUUACUUCUAGGGAAUAAAAUCAACUACUUACCCGAUAAGAAAACGCGCAAACUCAGCAAUAUUUUUUAUUUAAGGACUUGCGUAGUACAAAAGGACAAUGCAUUGCCAUGUAUAUACUUAGUACAGUACCAAUUAUUCAAAAACUAUUGUUUUACAUUCACAUUUUACGUUCAAUUUAUGUUUUACGUUCAAGCGUCAAGACAUUUUUUAACUAACGUAAGUAAGAAGUAUACAAAUCCUAGACCUUUGACGAGUUUAAAAGUAUUAAAGUCAUAGUAAAACAAUUCCUCUCAUUUAUUAUUAAUAAUGACUUAAAAUGAUCCACGAAACUAGCUAUUUUUCUAUACUUUUAAUCAUUUUAAUAAAAUAAAGUGAUCAAAAGUUUUAUUAUUGCCAUCUAUUGGUGAAAAGCUGUAGUAUUUAAACAUCGCAACUUAUUGCUUGCCAAGUACGUCUUCAGCUAGUUAUUCUACCCGUUAAUAGAUGGCGCUACAGCUUCACCCAUUUUUAAUUAUUUUGUCGACACGCGUUUCCAUGAUUUUUCCAUAAAAUAUUAUUUUUUAUAUGUAACAUUUCUAGCUAAUUAAAUUAAGUUAUUUAUCUGUAAUCAUUUAUAUGAUAAAACACAAAAAAACGUAUCAACUUUACGUACAGUCCGACAAAGCUCUUUUGGCACUUGAGGGAGGGCGCAGUUGUCGCUUUAUGCCGACACAGCGAACUAUCAACAAGCACAACAAGUGGACUUCUUUAUAUGGCGGCUUUAGUUCCGAUUUUGGCCACGCGCCAAAAGAGCCUUGUCGAACUAUACAUAUAUAUAUAUUAUGUUGUACAUACCUACUUACAUAUUACUUAAAUGUCUAUUUUCCAUCUAUUUUCCUUCUUUACUGUUUUUUAAAAGCAUCAAAUAUUAUUAGUAAUUAAUAAUAGGUUUAAACCUUCAUAACUAUUUCUCGCUCUAAGAAACUUGUGAUAUUAAAGUUUGAUUAACUGUAUAAGAUAUUGAAAUGUUUGGUAUUUUUAUAUAAUAAUAAAAUUAUUAUUAUUUUGUAUUGCGUAAUAUAAGUACCUACCCAUGUAGAAGUAAUAAAAGUGAUAAUUAUUU